ACCACAGGCUUAUUGGUACAGUGAUGGCGGUGAUGGCGACAGCGGACGAGGGAGGCAUUGGCCGCUGGGUGUUUACAUGAGCUUCUCAGGUAUACGCGGACCUUUGACACAACGUGAGCCUCCUCGAAGAGCCGAGUAGUUUCAACCCACGAUGUGGCGCCCCUACUCUCGCAUGGAUCGCGUCUAGUCGAAGCCCCCUUGGGAGCGAGCGUGUGUCAACGCUCGCGUCAUCCCGCUCGAGGAAAACGGAGCCGCCGUCCAGGUUAGCGGGUCCCUCAAGCGAGCGACGCUCGACCGAGGGAGCGACGUGCACCCCGGCUCCACAAGAGCUUCUUCUGGCUUGGCUGGUAUGCGCGGUCCCCGGCCCGCUGCAGUGUUUUGGCCAGUCCGACAUGUGAAGGAGCCGAGCCGUCGCCGCGACAGAUGGUCCACGUCGGUGCUGGAGAGCCACCACGCCCGGACGCCCGCCUCGUGACAUGCCGCGGACCUCUGACCUGCCACAGGACGCUCGAGGCCUCUAGCGAGGCCACUCGGGCGAUGGGAAAUCUCUUCUGCUGCGUCUGCAAGGAGCGCAAGUCGGGCGCGUCCGACGACGCCAGCAACGGCGGCUACCGCCGCAGGCAGAGCUCGCUGGUCGCGGAGGUCGGGAGCGACGGCUCCGAGCGACGUCGCUCGAGCUCGACCUUCGGCUGGCACGGCACCAGGGGCUCAUUGGCGGCGCCCAGCUACGUCGAGCACCUCAUCCUUGAGACGCUGUCCAUCAUCAGGACUCUGGUAGACAAUGAGCAGGAGCCGCCCCCGUUCAUGAUCAAGCUGCACCUGCUGGCAGACAAGGAAUCCGGCUGGCUCCUGGUGGUCAAGUCGAUGGUCAACGCCAUUCCCAUGGAGGACCCCCUGGGCCCCGCUGUGAUCACCCUCAUCCUGGACGACUGCCCCCUGCCGACCAAGGAGUCUGUCGGGAAGCUGUCGCAGAUGUUCCAGUUGUCGAGGGAGCUGUCGGUUGGUGGCAGAAGCAACCCGACAUGGCACAGGAAUAUCUGUGUUGUACUGGGCUGCAUUGCAGAAAAGCUUGCAGGUCCAAGCAGCGUGGCAUUGCUCACGCCAGACACCCUGGAGUACCUUGUUGCAAACCUGGAUCCUUUGAAUUGCAAUACCCUGGUGAUUUUGUUCUCACUGAUUGCCUUGGAAAAAUUUGCUCAAACAAGUGAAAACAAGAUGACGCUGGAGCGGCGUCUGGCCGCCCUGUCAGAAAACCCCCUCGUCAAGAUGGAGCCUUGGGUGACGAGCAGCGACUUUGUGGAGCGCCAGGUGGGCUUCUGUGCCCAGUGGUGCCUAGACAACCUGUUCAUCCAAGAGGGGAGACGCUACACCUACGAAGUGACUGACAGGUCUAACAUCAAUGCCAUGCUCAACAGCAAUGACGUCAGCGAAUACCUCAAGAUCUCCUCCAACGGUCUGGUGGCCAGGUGCGACGCCUCGUCCUUUGAGAGCGUGCGCUGCACCUUUCAAGUGGACUCUGGCGUUUGGUACUACGAGGCCCUCAUUGUCACCUCGGGAGUCAUGCAGAUUGGCUGGGCCACCAAGGAGAGCAAGUUUCUCAACCAUGAAGGUUACGGGAUCGGCGACGACGAGUUUUCCAUAGCGUACGACGGCUGCCGACAGCUCAUCUGGCACAACGCCCUAAGCCAGGGCCACAGUCAUCCCUGCUGGAAGCCAGGGGACGUCUUGGGAACCCUCCUCGAUGUUAAGGCCCUCGAGAUCACCUUCUACCUGAACGGGCAGCCACUUCCUCCAAACACACAAGUGUUUCCCUAUGCCAAGUCGGGGUUCUUUGCGGCGGCAAGCUUCAUGACGUUCCAGCAGUGCGAGUUCAACUUUGGCCGCUCUCCAUUCAGAUUUCCUCCUAGCGGCGUCCAGUUCUCCUGCUUCAACUCGUUUGCCCACCUGUCCGAAGAGGACAAAGUCAUACUGCCCAGGCACAUCCGCAUGGAGAAGUUGCGGCACAGCAGCGUCAGGGAAGACUCGUGCACGCUCUGCUUUGACCGCAGUGCAGCGGUGCGGUUGGAGCCCUGCCAACACAAUGUGCACUCUCGAGACCUGCCCGGCGAAGAGGAUGGGCCCGUCCGCGUCUCGUUGCAGGGGCUUCUGCAGCCACUGUGCCCUGCAGCUGGAGGUGUGUCCCAUGUGCCGAAGCGAGAUCCAGGAGAGGGUCGAGAUGGCGCCCUAGCCCCAGAGACCUUCCGACCGGGUCACGGGCACUCGGGACCAUUCAACGGCCUCCGAAACCUAAUUGCCAAAUCAUUUCUUCCUCUCGUCUCCUUGUGCACUGCAACCAUGCCUAAAUAAGAUGCCUGUCUUCAAAGCACGUGUGAGCUUUUCAUGAGCGGGCAAGGGAGAGAGUGAACGGGAAGCGUGUGACCUUAAGUUUUGUACGUCCCAUUUUAUUCUGCUACUAGUGGUGUUUGCCAGGGAACGUGGAGCUUUGGCCUGUAACUGUAACACCAGAGGUUGGACAAGCAUCUCUUUCCUCAAAUGGUGCAAAAGUUGUCCGCCCAAGCUUGGAAAGGUGCAUGAAGAGAUUUGCAACCUCGUCUUUUGAGACCAAUAACCGGAUCUAUGUGCUGUGGGAAAUUAAAGAAAAUGAUUAGGAUGCUUCCCUAUCUCAAACGUGAUACAGGAUUCGUCUGCACAUCUGCUCUGAAAGGGCCAGAACUAUUGGAGGAUGCCCAGUCCAUUUUUGGAUCAGUUGCGAGUGCAGCCACGACCAGCAUUGCCCCUUGUUUGCUCCAACCAAGUUCUAAUGCCGACCCUUUCCUCGAUGUUAGCACUCAUUACGUAAAUAAUUUCUGGGUUUUAAUCAACGCAGCUCGUAGGUCAAGGUGAGGCUCUGAAAAGACCUCUUCUAGCAUGUCCUGGACAGGUGCUGAAUCAAUGAUAGAGGCAACUUCUUUUGUGGGAUGUGCAAUUCUCUUUUUUAUAUGAGUCUCUUGUAAGUGGCCAUGUUUGAUUCACCCUAGACUCUAGUCAUACUUUGGAAAGGGGAGUACCGUUCAUGUUCUUGAUUCCUCCAUUUCUGAAAAGCCUCUGUGCGAGGAUGUAAAUAGUGGACUCUUGGAAAGCAUGUAUCACAUAUCCCCUGUUGUGAUGAUUAAAAUGCUCUCCACACAUA